AUGGAGCGCGACGGCAUGUGCGUCUACGAAGACACCAGCGGGAACACCACUCCUAUUGAGCCCCAGCCUACCCCUACCACCACCAUGAGCCACCUGUUUUCAGGCAGCGCCUCUACCCCUGACACCGCCAUCAAUAACCCAACUCCAUCCAGCGACCCAGCCACUCCCUCAUCGUCAUCGUCCGGCAGCGGCGGCAGCGGCGGCGGCGGCGGCGGUGGCGGCGGCGGUUCCAACUUUGGCAUCACUUGCGAUAAGUUCAACAAGGCAGUCGUUGACGGAGGCAACGCGAUCGGCCAGCGGUACCCUACCCCAAGCUCAUCCCAGUGCUCGUCGUUCCUGAACGGCAUGGUUUCCAAGGGCCACAUUGCUAAUGCGCGCGAGGCGGCUAUGUUCCUGUCCAAUAUCCUCUGGGAGUCCGACGGACUGCGAGCCAAGGAAGAGUACGACUGCAAGUCACUGCCCGACUGGUGCGCCCAAAACUACAAGACUCCGAGUGAUGUGCCUGGCCAGACCUACUGGGGCCGCGGAUACAUCCAACUGUCGUGGCACUACAACUAUCUGGAUGCCUCCAAGGGCCUGUUUGGCGACGACCGCCUGACAAAGAACACUGCUCAGGUCGCCAGUAACGAGGAUCUAGCGUGGGGUGUCAGCUUCUGGUUCUGGAGCGACCGCGUCCGCUCGGACCCUGGUGUCCAGGCGGGCAAGUUUGGCGCCUCGAUCAACAAGAUCAACGGUGGGCUCGAGUGCAAUGGCGGCGCUGCGGCUGACAAGGCCAGGAAGCGCUACGCGAUGUACAAGGUCAUUCUACCUCUGUUUGCACCCGGCGAGACACCAAUUGAGAGCGGCUGCUACAACUAGACAUUCCUCUGCUUGCUCUCUGUUUCCUUCUCUGUUUAUAAAACGUAUAUACCUUGACCGC